UGCACGUGCCGUAAAGACAUGGUGAAGAUCUCCAUGGAUGUGUUUGUGAGGGUUCUACAACCAGAACGUUAUGAUUUGUGGAAACAAGGAAGAGACAUUGCUGUCCUGGAUCACAUGAAACCCACAGCUCUGACCAGCCCAGAACUGGAUGCUUGGAACGAGACUAAGGCAGAGCUGAAAGCGAAAUUGCUUCGCAGGUCUCACAGAAAAAGGAGUCAACCCAGAAGACACAAAACAGAGGAUCAGAAGUCUCUUGGGGAUGUCAUGGCUAUUGAAACUGCCUUGGAAGAUGUGAAAGUAAAAGAGGAGCUGAAAAGAGGGACAGAGCUGGAGGAAGAGGAGAGAAGCAAAGUGAUGGAGGGAGAAGGUGAGAGCAAAGUCAAGGCUCGUCCUCCAAAGGUGAAAGGUGAGAGGAAGAAGAAACAUCUCUUCCACCAACACCAGCACCACCUCCAAGCAGCUCAGCCCUCUCUGCAGCAGCAGCAGCCACCAGUGCCACCCCCUGCAGCUCAACAGCAGCAGUUGGCAGGGGGUGAGGCACCAGCAGCUCGGCCACCAGUGCCACCAGUCCCCCCAGCAUCAGCCUCAGCAGAGAAGAGCUUACCCCCAGCCCCUCUGAACAUCGUGCAGCCCUUGGAGGCGCCGGUGGAGGAGGAUGACUUCAAGCCUCGGCCCAUCAUCCCCAUGCUGUAUGUGGUGCCCAGGAGCAAGAAGGUGGUGUUUGACAAGGAGCACAUGUCCUGCCAGCAGGCCUUCGAGCAGUUUGCCACACAGAAAAGUCCUGGCUGGAGGGAGCAAACGGUCCCUGUGGAAAUCCCUGUCAAGGAGGAGGAGAAUGUAGAGGCAGAAAAUGCUGAGGUCACUACUGAGGUUGGUGAUUUACAGACUGCUGCUGCUUUCUCCAAAAUGAAGAUGGAGAUCAAGAAGAGUCGUCGUCAUCCCCUGGGCAAACCCCCGACACGUUCCCCACUGUCUGUGGUCAAACAGGAGACCUCCAGUGAUGAGGAAACAUUUCCAUUUUCUGGAGAGGAAGAUAUGAGUGAUCCAGAGGCUUUGAAAUCUUUACUUUCCUUCCAGUGGAAGAAUAAAGCACAUAAUUUCCCAGCUGAAAGGAAAUUCAAUGCAGCUGCUGCCCUGAGUGAGCCAUACUGUGCUGUCUGCACUCUCUUCUACCCCUAUAACCAGUCCUUACAGAUGGAUAAAGAAGCUGUCCCAGUCUCUGCAGGGGAGCCAUCCUCCUUUGUCCACCUCUCCAAGUGUGGACAGAAGACCAAGCCCCUGAUCCCAGAGAUGUGCUUUACCUCAAGUGGGGAAAACACAGAGCCCCUUCCUUCUAAUUCCUAUAUUGGAGAAGAUGGAACCAGUCCCUUGGUAUCCUGUGCCAAAUGCUGCCUGCAGGUUCAUGCUAGCUGUUAUGGAGUACAUCCAGACCUGGUGAACGAGAGCUGGUCGUGCUCACGGUGCUCAGCCAACGCGUGGGCAGCGGAAUGUUGCCUGUGCAAUCUCAGGGGAGGAGCUCUUCAGAUGACCACUGAUGGGCGGUGGGUCCAUGUAAUCUGUGCUAUUGCUGUCCCUGAGGUUCGUUUCCUCAGCGUAAUAGAGCGUCAUCCUGUGGAUAUCAGCGCCAUUCCGGAGCAGAGAUGGAAACUGAAAUGUGUGUACUGUCGGAAGAGGAUGAAGAAGGUGUCUGGUGCCUGCAUCCAGUGCUCCUAUGAGCAUUGCUCCACCUCCUUCCACGUGACGUGCGCGCACGCGGCCGGAGUGCCCAUGGAGCCGGACGACUGGCCCUACGUCGUGUCCAUCACCUGCUUCAAACACAAAGCAGCAAACCACAAUAUUCCAUUCCGCAGGGAGGUGACCCUGGGCCAGACUGUGAUCACCAAGAACAGGAAUGGCCUCUACUACAGGUGCAGAGUGAUUGGCACAACCACACAGACAUUCUAUGAGGUCAACUUUGAUGAUGGUUCCUACAGUGACAAUGUUUACCCAGAGAGCAUUAUUAGCAGGGACUGCAUCCAAAUGGGUCCUCCUCUGGAGGGGGAGCUGGUUCAGCUGCAGUGGACGGAUGGAAUUGUCUAUAAAGCCAAGUUUAUUGCAGCCCAGAUCAGUCAGAUUUACCAGGUGGAGUUUGAAGAUGGUUCUCAGCUCAUGGUAAAGCGUGGGGAUAUUUAUACCUUGGAGGAAGAACUUCCCAAGAGAGUGAAGUCUCGUCUGUCCCUGAGCACUGGGGCCCCUCAGGAAGAUGUCUUUUCUGGAGAUGAAGUGAGACCAGCCAAACGUCCCCGGCUGGGGAAUCCCAGGAAUCCUGAAGAAUAUGGACAAACCCCAGAUUAUUUGGCCUUUAUGGAGAGCCUGUUGCAGACACAGUACCAACCUGGGACUCAGAACAACAUGUUUUAACCAGGAUGAAUUCAAAUGAGCAAAUUAACCCUUUUGGAGUUGGUGGAAAAAAUAAAAUAAAAUAAAACUAAGGAACUGUGGAAUGAAAGACCAGCCCUGUGCAAUA